UGGCGACAAAGAAAAGAUAAAUGAUUAUACGAAACAAACAAAACGAAAGCUUUGUCUCUAGUUCAAGGAAACUCGGCCUGAAAGAUCCUUAUCAGCCUUCACAUGUCUACAAUCUCUGAUUGGAGUGUCAAAAAGUUAAAGAUGUGCAGUCUUUACUUCUCCGAAUCCUCAUGGAUUUGGCAUUUGGCUUUCGGCAAUAUUAUGCUCUGUGUUCUACUGAAACUCACUACACAAACACAAGUACCAAAUUCAAAUUUUCAUCCUCCUGUAGAAGUUCCCGGAGAGAGUAAGGCAAACCUCAUGAGCAUGUCAUUCCCAGGGCUGCAAUUACAUAUCGAAGAUCAACAUGUGGUGAUGGACAACGGCAUACUGCAGGUCAACAUCUCAAAUCCAGAAGGAAUGGUUACGGGAAUUGAGUAUAAUGGCAUUGACAAUUUGCUCGAAAUUCUUAACGAGGAAUCUAACAGAGGAUACUGGGACCUUGUGUGGAAUGUUGCCGGAAGUACGGGAACGAAGGGCAUAUUUGACAGGAUGGAAGGAACCAGUUUUAAGGUAAUAGUGGAAAACGAAGAACAAGUAGAGCUCUCAUUUACUAGACUGUGGGAUCCUUCCAUGGAGGGGAAGCUCGUUCCCUUGAAUAUAGACAAAAGGUGCAUGCUUGUUCAAAUUGAUGUUGUUUUAUUAACAUUCAUUGGAGUCGGUCUCUUUCGGUUUUGUUUUUGUUUUGGUAGGUACAUAAUGCUUCGUGGUUCCUCGGGCUUCUACUCCUAUGCCAUUUAUGAGCACUUAGAGGAAUGGCCUGCUUUCAACAUUGAUAAUACCAGAAUAGCAUUCAAGCUUAGGGAAGACAUGUUUCAUUACAUGGCUAUAGCAGACAACAGGCAAAGAUUCAUGCCCCUGCCUGAAGACCGCCUACCUGACAGAGGCCAGGCCCUGGCCUACCCAGAGGCAGUCCUACUUGUUAAUCCCGUGGAGCCAGAUUUCAAAGGAGAGGUGGACGACAAGUACCAAUACGCUUGUGAGAACAAAGACAACAGGGUUCACGGGUGGAUAUCCAACAAUCCAAGCGUGGGAUUCUGGCAAAUCACAGCCAGCGAUGAAUUCCGAUCCGGUGGACCCCUCAAACAAUGCCUUACCUCCCACGUCGGUCCCACCACCCUCGCUAUAUUUCACAGCGUACACUAUUCAGGAGAGGAUCUGAUACUGAAAUUUGGACCUAACGAGCCGUGGAAGAAGGUUUUUGGCCCCGUUUUUAUUUAUCUUAAUUCUCUGACUGAUGGAGAUGACCCACUUUUGCUCUGGGAGGAUGCUAAGCAACAGAUGAUCUAUGAAGUUCAAACAUGGCCCUAUAGUUUUCCAGCUUCAGAGGACUUUCAAUCAGCAGAUCAACGGGGUAGUGUUUGCGGCAGACUCCUAAUCCAAGACAGGUAUAUUAGUGAAGAGAACGUGCCAGGAAAUUGUGCUUAUGUCGGAUUGGCACUCCCCGGGAAUGUUGGGUCCUGGCAAAGAGAAUGCAAGGGUUACCAAUUUUGGACCAGAGCUGAUGAGGAUGGCUAUUUCUCUAUUAACAAUAUACGCACUGGGGACUAUAAUCUUUAUGCAUGGGUUCCCGGUGUCAUUGGUGAUUACCAAUACGAUGCUGUCAUUACCAUAGAUUCAGGUUGUGAGAUUGAUGUGGGCGAUGUUGUUUAUGAACCUCCAAGAGACGGGCCAACGUUGUGGGAAAUAGGCAUCCCAGAUCGCUCUGCAGCUGAAUUCUAUGUCCCCGAUCCUGAUCCAAAGUUAAUCAAUAAACUUUAUGUCAACCAUCCUGAUAAAUUUAGGCAAUAUGGAUUAUGGGAAAGAUAUUCACAACUGUAUCCUGAUGGAGACUUGGUAUACACAAUUGGGACAUGCCACUAUGGAAAAGAUUGGUUCUUUGCUCAAGUGACCAGGAAGACAGUUAAUAACACAUAUGAAGGAACUACUUGGCAAAUUAGGUUCAAACUCGGCGUGGCCGAUGAGAGUGGAACCUAUAAAUUACGAUUAGCUCUUGCAACUGCACAUGCUUCCGAGUUGCAAGUUCGGAUUAAUGAUCCGAAGGCAGAUCCUCCUCUAUUUUCCAGUGGAGUAAUUGGGAAGGACAAUACCAUUGCGAGGCAUGGGAUUCAUGGACUUUACCGGCUGUACAAUGUGGACGUACCAGGCACUCAGAUACUUGAAGGAGAUAAUACUAUUUUUCUUACACAAACUGAAGGCAGUAAUCCUUUCCAGGGAGUCAUGUAUGACUACAUUCGUUUUGAAGGUCCCGAGAAAAUAAUCUAACUUCACCAGUAUGCAUACAUGGCAGAUGGUAUUUCUGCUUUCUAUUCAUUUUGGCUGCGAAAUUGAAUCGACCAAGUUUACUCAUGAAUUAGUAACAUUUGUAUGCCAUCCAACUUCGGUUGUAGAUAUUUGUUUAGAGAGGUUUAAAGUCUACAAAAAUAAUUAUAAAAACAUAUCUAUAAACUAGAGUGAUUUCGUGUAAUACGUCGAAUUAUAAAAUUGUUUUUAUUAUCAAAUAUAUUUAACUUGAUA